UGGAUGCCGCGGUGCAGGAUGGGCACCACGGCCGUGCUGCUGGCCCUGCUCCCCACGGCCACCGCGCAGCCCACGCCGCCGCCGGGCUGCAGCCACGACCUCUCCCCCCUCUACUACAACCUCUGUGACCUCUCGGCGGGCUGGGGCAUCGCGGUGGAAGCGGUGGCCAGCCUGGGCGUGGUGACCACCUUCGUGCUCACCAUCGUCCUGGUGGCCAGCCUGCCCUUCGUGCAGGACCACCAGAAGAAGAGCCUGGUGGCCACGCAGGUCUUCUUCCUUCUGGGCACCUUCGGGCUCUUCUGCCUGACCUUCGACUUCAUCGUGGGGCCGGAUUUCUCCACCUGCGCCUCCCGCCGCUUCCUCUUCGGCGUCCUCUUCGGCAUCUGCUUCUCCUGCCUGCUGGCGCACGCCGUGGCCCUCAACUUCCUGGCGCGGCGCAACCGGGCCCCGCGGGGCUGGGUGACGCUGGCGGUGGCCCUGUCCCUCUCCUCGGUGGAGGUCAUCAUCAACGCCGAGUGGCUCGUCAUCACGGUGGCGCGGCGCGAGGGCGGCCCCGCCGACCCCUGCCAGCUGGCGGACGCCGACUUCGUCAUGGCGCUCGUCUACGUCAUGGCCCUGCUGGCGGCCGCCUUCGCCGCGGCCUGGCCCACCCUCUGCGGCCGCUACGGCCGCUGGCGCAAGCACGGCGCCUUCGUCCUGGCCACCACCGGCCUCUCGGUGGCCAUCUGGCUGGCGUGGACCAUCAUGUACCUGUACGGGAACCAGCGCGCCGGCCACAAGCCCGGCUGGGACGACCCCACGCUGGCCAUCGCGCUGCUCUGCAACGCCGCCGCCUUCCUGCUGCUCUACGUCAUCCCCGAGGUGACGCACGUGACGCGGCGCGGCCCCGAGCAGGCCUUCGAGGACGACGGCUACCCCACGCGCGGGGUGGGCUACGAGACCAUCCUCAAGGAGCAGAAGUCGCAGAGCAUGUUCGUGGAGAACAAGGCCUUCUCCAUGGACGAGCCGUCCUUCGCAGCCAAGAAGCCGGUGUCCCCGUACAGUGGCUACAACGGGCAGCUGCUGACCAGCGUCUACCAGCCCACCGAGAUGGCCCUGAUGCACAAGGGGACGGGCGAAGGUCCCUACGACGUGAUCCUGCCCCGCGCCUCCACCACCCCCAUGCCCGGCAGCGCCAGCUCCACGCUCCGAGCCGAGGACACCUUUGCGGCGCCGCCCCGGCACUCCAGCAUCCCCAGGGACACCCGGAGCUGCCAGGUGCAGUCGCCGUACAGCAGGAGCCGGUGGUGAAGCCCCCGUGACGCAGCUCCCGCAGCGCCGGCACCGCCGCGGCCCCUCGGUCCCGCUCCCCAGGGCUGGCCCAGCCUCGUCCCACCCCGACGCGUGAAUCCCACCCCAGCUGGCAGCCGGAGCUGCCCGUGGGAUGCCCAGACACGGUCCAGAGCCAGCGCUCCACCUGGACCCCCACGGCCCUGCCUCAAGGACUGGCUCCCGUGGGGACACUCCUGGCUGUCACCUCACUGCCUCGGUGAUGCGCAGACACCCCACCUUCCCCUCACCAUGGACCCUCCAAAGCUGGGGACCCCCUCCCAGGGCACCCUCAGCCCCUGGCCCCACGCUGACCCCACCAGCCCUGGGGACCCCGAGCUGAGCUGGCCCCAUCCCAUCGCAGGGCACACAAAGCUGUCCCCAGCUCUGCCUCCUUCUGUGCCUCUGUCUCCCCGCUGCUGGGGCUCUGGGGGAUCAGUGCCUUGCUGGGGCUGGGGACCGGCCCCCCACAGCUCUGGCCACCUUCUGGGUGCCUUCCCCCCGCCGGGGGCUCGGGGACCCCUGCAGGGAGUGGGGAGGGAGCUGGGCCCCUCGCCCUCCUUGUGGCUUUCUCUGCCAAGUUUCCUUUCCCGUUUUUUUUUUUUUUCAGGUCACCCCAAUAAAGGUGGUUUUUCCUAUGAUGCCGUCUCAGGUGGCCUGCGAUGGGGGUCCCAGGUGUCCCCAAUCCCACCGGCUGCUCCCACGGGCUCAGCCCCAUUUAGGGGAGUGCCAGGGAGCGUGAGGGGGGAUCCGGGCAGGGUCCUCGGCACCCCCAUCCCGUGGGCAGAAGGGCUGGCGGGCAGGAGGCGGCACAGCGCGGAGGACGUGCCAAGGUCGCGGUGGUUUUCCCGCUCGGAUCGCCUUCCCCUGCACAGCCAUUCCUCCUCCUCCGGGCAGGAAGCCUGCGGCCAGCAGCGCCAUGAAUUAUUCAGGGCUGGAACGGCUCCGUGGGGGCAGCGGGUGCCCCGGUCUCCUUGAGCCGGAGCCGGGACGGCGGCGCCGGGGCUGCGGGUGCCCCGCACAGGGGACACGCAGCGG